AAAAUUGAGGGUGAAACCACCACGAUUCGCCAUCCAAACCGACGCAACCGGAAGCAUCAUUAACAAAUUCAAAGAAAUUAGCUCCGAUAAGCGUAUAUUUUUGUACGCUUUGGUAAAAAACAUAAAAUUGGGCGACGAUAAAGUGGGUACGGCGCAUACCUUUGGGCAGAUGGUGACAAAUAGCCACACCUGGCAAAACAUUUUCUCAUACUACAUGGAAAUAAAAUUGCUGUUCCAGAGUGAAUAUAAUUACUGGCCCCCGUUUCAGGCUAUCGUCACAGACUUUUGCUGGGCGCAGAUAAACGCCAUCCUGUUCAUCAGCAACCUGUCGCCAACGGAGUACCUGAAGCUCAUGUAUGAGUAUGCAACCGGGAAUGACCAGCAGGUGUUUCAUUACGUUGACGAAACUUUGGUUAUGGUUUUUCUAUGCGUGGUCCACUUAAGCAAAAAUUUUCUCCGUGACAUCAACGUGUUGAGGAAAGAAAUGGAUUUAACCGUUGCGAAAAUCGUCUUUUCGGAGAUAGUACGCGCAAAGGAAUACAGCGACGUGAAAAAAACGUUUGCAAAGCUUUGCGAUUACUUGCUGUGCGAAGACGAGGAAGAAAAACGACUUAUACUCUUCGACAACUCGCUUGCCGAAGAAGUUGAGCGUAUAUCUGUUACAAUUCAACAAGACUCUACGUUCAAAGACGAUUCCGUCAUAUACAAAAAUUCGCCUUUUUAUCGCGAUCUGGUGGCUAUUUUAGACGAAAAGUCGAAUGCAAAUAAUCAAAAAACGGAUGCUAUGGAUUUUUUGCAAAUUUUUUUGAAGCGGUAUUUGGCGUAUUUGCCGAUGUGGUCGGCAAUAUGUCACCGCCCCCGCUCGGAAUCUCUGAAAGACUGUGUCUUUGAAUCCAACCACCGAUUUUCCACAGCUGUUGUCGAAGGACUGUGGAGCCGGUACAAGAACGAUGUGCGAACUCGAAGGGUAAAUCUGGGCGGGAUGCCACUGCCAGUCGAUAGGGCAAUUCGCUUUUUGAAAGAUCAGGCUCUCGGCGACAUUGUUCGCUAUCAAUCCAAUGUGGGCAAGACGCGUCUGGCUGCACGGCCCGGAACAUUCAAGCGGGUACAACAUGUACCUAAGCCCAUGACUUUAUACGUCAAUCCUGGACGAAGCGUCACCUCACUCCAGAGCGAAUUCACUGAGCAACAAUCCCGAGCAGCUACCGCUGUUUGGAAGCGCCAGGGUCGACCAGAGGCAUCCCCAACAACGUCUCAGGCAGGCAAGCAGCUGAGAGUUCGGCGUCUAUUCGAACAAAAAUGGGACGAUCUAUACGAGGAUUCGGAAGAUGAUGCGGAUACGCACUGAUCUUCGCAUCACCAUCAAGAUCAAUUGCCAUUUUUACUAUCUAUUUAUUUGCUUACAUUGUAUUGGCUCUUCUCCAGAAGCAAUCCAGCACUGGACAGGACACUGAACUAACUAUUACUUUUGAUUGUGAUUUUUAAACAAUUAUUAUAAUUGUUUGAUAAUCAUUCGAUCUAUCAUAACAAUCAU